GCAAUCCAACACGAAAACGAGCACCGUGUGCCGCUGGCUUUACUCUCAUAAUCUGUUUGUUUGCGAAGUGAAGAGAUAUGCAAGUAAAUCAUGUCUCUUUUUCCAGCUUAUUCAUACAAUACACCUGAAUCGUCAAAUAAUGAAAAGUCUGAUAAUGCUUCUGUUGAAUGGUUAUCAAAUUCAAGCUUUCAAACACCAGUGGUAACUAAAAAAGAAUUUGAUGUAUCUCUAUAUUCUUCAUCCGACGAAUCUUUACAAGAUACUGAAGAACAAAUACAAUGUGAAACCACUUCUUUAGAUGCAAAGAGAUAUGCAAGAAGCAAAGAAUUGAAAACUGAUAAAGUACAAAAAACAAACAGAAGAAAAAAGCACAAACAUGUUGGCAAAGAACAUAAGCCAGGAUAUGAACACAAUGUUGAAAACAUCUGUUUUGAAGAUAAACAUAGAGAUAAAGGAAAUAAUAACAUUGAUACAUUUUGCUCUAGAGUCAGACCAAUGUAUGAUAUCAGUGAGAAAUAUAUUGGUUCUUUUGUAAAAAAUAAACGACCAAAGAAAGACAAAUUUCAUAGAUAUUAUAUUAAAAAUAUUGAUUCUGUUGAGGCAUUAAAGAAGAAAGAUACAGUUAUUAAAAAGACAAAUAUCAAAGAAAGUUCAAAGCAUGAUGAAAAGGCAGAAGAAAGUUUACCUUCUUGGUGUAAGCAUUUGGAAGAGGAACAGAAGUCUAAAACUAAAGAAUAUAACGAGCAACUGACAGAAAAUCCAUAUAAUGUUGAACUUUGGAUACAAUAUAUCAAAUUUCAGGAUACUCUAACUAAUUAUCAAAGACACCAAUUGUCAAAAGAUACAUAUCGAUCUACUAUAUUAAAAAAGUUAUCUAUUGCUGAAAAGGCGCUUGAAAAGAAUGGGAAUUCCAAUGAAUUAUUGAAAUUGAAAUUACGUUUUAUGAGUGAAUUAACACCCUCUGAUGAAUUCUCAAAUCAGUUGGAAAUAUUAGUCAAUAAAGAUUCAGGAAAUAUUGUGUUAUGGCAACAUUUUAUUAUGGCCACACAAGGUUCAGUGGCAAUGUGUACAGUACCAAAAGUCUUGGAUUUAUACUCAAGGUGCUUCAGCAUCUUAAGACAACGGUCGAGAACAAACCCUUCUCUCUACGAUGCACAAUUACUACAAAUGCUCCAUCAGUGUUUAACAUUUCUGAGACAUACAGGAUUAUGGGAACAGAUGUGGGAAACGAUACGUUUAAAUCUAAACUUGAACCUAAACUUAGAUAAAACCAGUUUGUUUUUUCAAGGUUCCAUAGAUGAAAAGAAAUUAAUUGGGAUGGAAGAAAUGGUACUGAUGUCGCGAUUACCACUUAAUCAGCUAUGGCAAAGGACAGAAUCAUUGAGAGAGAAUUAUCACUGGAUCAGCGUUAAUAGAGACGAGUUGGAGUUAGUUGGAGAUUCACGUAGAUUCGUCUUGCCGGAAGACGUGGCAGACUUUGUACAUCCGAUUCUCUCGCGUAAUUCAAAUUUCCAAAUGGCCAUUUAUUCUCUUUUGUGUCUAAAAGUACCACUUCUACCUUGUCGAGAUUAUUACUUAAAGGAAUUAUCAUUAAAAGAUUUUCACUGGGAAGUGGAAUCCUUGGAAGCGUUGCUUCCCUUUAUGUAUCCUAUGGUAGGUGAAAUGGCUGGUCAUGAUCAGAGGAAGGAUUUACUGAAGGAUAUUCUCGAAGGACGUUUAACGUCGGGCCCUCAAUAUGUCAAAUUCCAUCCAGCGCAAGAACCGUAUUUAGACUUCGUACGUAAAGUCUUUCACACGAUCGCGGAAAGCUUACCUUCGCUGCAACGCACGAGUAUAUACGUCUGGUGGUUGCGAUUGGAAAGGUUGCUCGUCUCUCUCGGCAAAGACGAACCCUUGAAACACGACAGCAAAGGAAAGAAACUAAGAACAACGUUGAAGGAGUUCUUAAAAAAGGAUGAAAACCGGAAUAACUUAUAUUUUUAUAAAGAGUAUGCUUUGAUAGAAUUGGAGAUGGGCAGGUUCAGUAAUUGUGUCAAUAUACUCGAAACCGCCAUUCAGUCUCAAGGAGCAUGCCCUUCCGCGAUCGCCAACGUGUGCGAGAGGGCAGCGCUUUUCAGUGUGUAUAGAACGUUCAUCGAGACCUUGCUUGAUGCUAGAACGUACGUCGAUUCGCACAGGCAAUGGAUACUGAAAGUCUUUGGUCGGAUGAUACCUGGGGAAAAUGCGGAUCAAGACUCGCUGGUUGAAAGAUACUUACAUGAACACGUACAUGACUUCUUACAGAACGUGCCCGAUGAGAAUGGAAAAGACACCUUUUUCUUGUCGAAUCUGGAAUGCGACGCGAUUGUGUGCUACGCGUAUUUUCUGUAUAUCAGGAAUGACGGUAUCCAAAGUGCUAUUGAAAUAUUGGGCAGCUGCAUCGAUCAUUCCAAGGAUCGUCCUUAUUUACAGGAAAUGUUGUAUGAAAGCCAAAUUGCAAUCUUACAAUUGCAUUACGAACAGAAGCAUAGUUUGCAGAAUACUUUGAAAGAAACACUGAGCAGAACUUUGAGUGUAUACCCGGACAACUUUUAUGCCUUAUCGGUAUUUGCUAUCAUAGAGAGCGAAUUACCAACAUGGAGAUUCAACAGCAGAAGCAUUGAAAUUGAAUUGUGGAGAGCUGUAGCAAUGUGUUUAGCUGCUCGUAGACGUAUUGGUCUCUUGAUGAAAUAUGACCAUUCUGAUGCAGUGACAGCUACACUGAAUAAGCUGUUAUCCUUUCAUAUGACGCUUUCUAAGAUAUCAUGUAUCAAAUGCUGCCCAUUGUUAUGGAGACUAUAUAUGUUGCUCCUACGGGAGCAUAAUUUGUGCGAGAAAAAGGGAGAAGAGAUUUAUCACGAGAGUGUCAUGCAGUGCCCGUGGACACGAAGUAUUUACAUAGAUGCAGCUGAAGUAGCUCCUCAACUUCUUACACAAAUUCAAGAUGUGAUACGCGAGAAGGAAUUAAGGAUGCAUGUCACACCUGAAGAAUUAGAUAUUCUGCGUGGAUAAUUAUAUGAUCCUCAAAUGAAAAGAUAUAAAAAUAUAUAUAUAUUGUUCCCUACUUGUAAAUUUUCUGCCUUAAGUAAGACCUUAAGUAAGACGUUAUUCAGUU